AUGCAGAGCUUCUUGAUGUUGUUGCGGGAGCAGCGGUGUUCCUGCUCACCUACCUCAGAGCUGGUGACCCUGGCAGGCAGGCUGUGUCGGGACCUACAGGAUGACCUUUCCCAGGUGCAGCCUUUGGUGACGGCUGUUCUGGAAAGCCCUCUUCGUCCAUGCUUCCUGGACAAUGCAGAUGUGACCCUGGUGUGUGCCCGUGUCCUGGUCCAGCAAGGGCAGCCCCAGGUGGCCUGCAGGCUUCUGGAGGGUUGCCAGGUGCCGGGAGGCAGUCGGGAGCUGGUGCAGCUCUGGAAUGACAUUCACUACCACCUGGCCAGGAGGAAGCUGGGCGUGGCUGCGCUGACCCCAGUGCAGAAAUUCCGCUGCAGGAAGAGGAAUCCACCACCUACUGCCCUCAGUCCUGAUGGCCCUAAGAGCCGGCACUUCCCCAGGGAGGUUCGCCAGCAGCUGUGGCACUUUGUCUCAAACGUGAACAGCAACCCCAGCAAGGCCGAGCGGGAGAAACUGGCUUUGGAAACUGGCUUGACCACUGGGCAAGUGUACAACUGGUUUGCCAACCACCGACGGCGUCAGAGGUUCCUUCUCCAGCAAGGACAGCAAGCCUGGCAGGCAGUGCCUGAGACCCCCAGUGCAAAGGAGAGAGGUCUUGGGCCUCUGCCAUCCUCAAGCCGCUGGUGCACUGGAUCUGGGUUUGUGAGCAGGCCCCCAAGGUCUGGAUUAAAUGAUGUGCAUAAUGGUCCCCAGAGAAUGUACCUGGAGGAGGAUCUGUUUCCGGGUGGUGGGCAAAUAGAGACUGGAAGCGCCCUGGUGACACAGCCCUGGCUGCAUGCUCCAGAGUUCGUUGUCCCCCGCAGCCCCCCAGAGCUGGUGUUUGCCCUGCCUGCCUACCCAGACGCUGUGUCCACAGAGGAGUUGAGCCAGUCUUUGUCCUCCCACCAGGUGCAGUGGCCUGAUGACAGCCAAGCCUCGUGUGAUGCCUCCUGGGGUGCCCAGAUGCUCCUGGAGUUUUCAGGGGGCAGCCUGGGUUGCCAGGUCCCCAUCCCAAGAACCCUGAGUGUAGACUGUCCAGUCAUUCAAUCCAGAGAGUUAGAGUUUCAUCACAAAUAA